AUGAGGUUUCACCUUGUCCACUACAACUAUAAAUACGGCAACUUCAGCGCUGCUUUGAAACAGCCGGAUGGUCUCGCCGUUGUGGCUGUCCUGUUAAAGGUAAGGACCUGGGUCGUCCUUCCCCUUAUGCAUGUCGAAGAGCUGUUGGUGGAGACAGAAGAAACGAAAACUGUCCAUGCCUCGCUCGCUUUGACCAUCAACCCCAGUGAGUUCUUGCCCGACCGAUGCCACUUCUACACCUAUCCGGGUUCCUUGACGACGCCAGGCUGCGACGAGUCCGUCACAUGGAUCGUGGUGGCAACGCCGAUGUCCAUUGAAGAUGCCGACAUGGAAAAGUUACGCCAGAUGAAGGAUAUGGACGAUAGACCCAUCGCCUUAGACGGCAACUGUAGGCCCCGACAACCUCUGGGAUGCAGGAUGGUGACAGCCAACUUUGCUUCCAAAACUGGCAAAUAAAUACUGGUCAUCCCCAACAAGGCCAGAACACCAGUGGUCAGUUUGGUCAUCGAAGGAAAGACCGCACAUUCACGGAUUGACACGAAUGAUCGCUUGGUUGCUCACGGAAUGACACGAAUGAUCACAGUUACAGAACGACACGAGUGAUCGUUUGGUUAGUCACGGAAUGACACGAGUGAUCACUUGGUUAGCCUCGGAAUGCCACGAGUAAUCCCGGUUAGUCACGGAGGCACCCGGAUGGCCAUGCAUUUUGGUUAAUGAAGAACACGCGGACAUUUCGUUAGUUACGGAAAAACUCGAGUAGCCAUUCAGUUAGUCACGGAAAAACCGAGAGGCCAAUGGUGUCACCUGAAAGACAAGUGAUGAUAAAAGAUACGGAAGAAAAGUGGUCACGAUCCUCGUUCAGGGCCUCCACGAGGUAUUUAUAAUAUUUGGCAGAAAACAAUCGGAUACUUGCAAUCUUUUUUGAAUAAACAG